AUGACGAGCAAGAAGGUGCUCCAAACCCGGCCGGGAGAUCUCGCCGCCGCCGCCGUCGAGUGGCAGCCGGUGAAGGAGGGGAGCAGCGUGAAGCUGAUGACGGAGCAAGGGAAGUUCCUGAGAGCCAACGGCGGUUCUCCGCCGUGGAGGAACUCGGUCACGCACGACGUGCCGCAUCGGACGGCGACGCAGAGCUGGGUGCUGUGGGGAGUGGAUAUCGUGGACAUCACGCUGUCCACGAUAUCGCCCGCGUCGAGCUUUUCGUCUGUCGUUGAUGAUUAUUUGGGUUCGCCUGAUACUGGAUCGCCGGUGGCCCGCGGCGCCGGGAAUAUGUCUAUGAAACAGUACAACUACUGGGUUGUUCAAACUUCAAAGGGUGCACUCUUCUUCUAA